UGGAGCAUUGUGUGUGUGUGUGGAUCACACAGUUUCUUUGUUUAUAAUCACCAAAUCGCCGGUAUAUCCCAUCCCAUUCUAACACUUGUUAGCCAGAUAACAAUUUGCAAGAAUAUUAAGUACCCAAUUCGCUGUUUUGAAGAUUAGUCGUCUUUUUUGCUCCACAAUGGCCACAUCAAAAGUAAAGCAUCUAUUAUCUUUUCGCCUGCCCAAGGAAUUACGCCCCCUUCACUAUCAACUAAGACUGCAGCCUGAUUUAGGGACGAAAAUUUUUUUGGGAAGUGUAACGCUACGAUUGGAAGUACAAAAACCCAUUUAUUUUAUACCCGUACACUCGAAACUACUUAACGUGGAAACUAAAAAUGUCCAACGACUAGACGGAGAUUUUCAACCGGUGCGUUGCUUAACCCCAUCCCUGACAUAUGAAUAUCCUGAAUUUGAAUAUUGGAUAACGGAAUUCCCUGAACCCUUGGAAGUUGGAUUCUAUUCCAUUGAUUUUGCAUUUAAUGGCUCUUUGGUGGAUCGCAUUGUAGGCUUCUAUCAAAGUUCCUACUUGGACGAGCAGCGUAAUGUGAAACGAUCCAUAGCCACCUCCAAAUUUGAGCCUACCUAUGCUCGGCAGGCAUUCCCAUGCUUUGACGAACCCAAUAUGAAAGCAAAGUUUUCAAUAACGCUAGUGAGACCAACCGGUGAUGGCUAUCACGCCCUUUCCAAUAUGAAUGUAGAGUGUGAGAAGGAUAUAGAGAACGAUUUAACCGAGGUACACUUUGCCGAAAGUGUACCCAUGAGCACCUAUUUAUCGUGUUUCAUUAUAUCCGAUUUUGCCCAUCAAGAAAAAACGGUUCGUGGCACAUUGCCGAAUGUGCCCGAUUUUCCAAUGCGUGUCUUCUCAACAGCCGCCCAAGUUGACAAAGUAAAUUAUGCCUUAAAUGUGGGUGUUGGCAUAACUGAGUAUUACAUUGAAUUCUUUAAUAUCUCGUAUCCUUUACCGAAACUUGACAUGGCUGCUAUACCAGAUUUUGUUUCGGGUGCAAUGGAACAUUGGGGAUUGGUGACAUACCGAGAAACAGCGCUACUCUACGAUAAGACCAUAAGUUCCAGUGCUAAUCAACAGCGUGUGGCAACAGUUGUGGCCCAUGAGUUGGCCCACAUGUGGUUUGGCAAUUUAGUUACAAUGAAAUGGUGGAACGAUUUAUGGUUAAAUGAAGGUUUUGCCACUCAUAUUCAAUACAAAGGUGUCAAUCAUGUCCAUCCUAAUUGGGAUAUGUCGGAUCAAUUCAUAAUUUCCGAAUUGCAUGGUGUAAUGAAAUUGGAUAGUACCCUCGCCUCACAUCCCAUUGUCCAGAAGGUGGAAAAUCCUGAUCAAAUAACAGAACUAUUUGAUAGCAUAACCUAUUCCAAAGGUGCCUCGGUCAUACGUAUGCUGGAAGAUUUAGUUGGAGCCGAUAAAUUUCGACAAGCUACCACUAAUUAUUUGAAUAAAAUGCGUUACUCCAAUGCUGAGACAAAUGAUUUCUUGAACGAAGUAGAAGCCUUAAAAUUCGACUUUGAUGUUAAACUUAUUAUGAGAACCUGGACGGAACAAAUGGGUCUACCUGUGGUCGAAGUUAAACGCCAGGGUGAUUCUUUUAUUCUGAGUCAAAAACGUUUCUUGGCCAAUCCCGAGGACUACAACGGGAAUUAUGAUGAUUCUCCAUUCAACUAUCGUUGGUCCAUACCCAUUACAUAUUUUACAAACGCAAAUUGUGAUGUUCAACGUACAAUAUUUAACUAUGAUGACAAAGAAGUUACUCUCAUCGUUCCCGAGGACAUUGAAUGGAUUAAAUUGAAUAAAAAUCAAGUUGGUUAUUACCUUGUAAAUUAUCCCACCGAUGUUUGGCAAGCCCUUAUCAAAACAUUAAUCUUUAGACGUGGCGACUUUUCCAAUGCUGAUCGGGCACAUUUGAUUAGUGAUGCAUUUGCAUUAGCUGAUGCUGGACAAUUGGAUUAUAAUAUUGCUUUGGAUUUGAGUAAAUAUUUGAGAAAAGAACUGGACUAUGUACCCUGGGUUGUGGGCGCUUCACGCCUCCGAAACAUAACCAAUUUAUUGUAUGCCACCGAUAUGUAUAGUAAAUUUGUAAAAUAUGCCCGCCUGAUAUUGAGAAAUGUUUGUCAAACUGUGACCUGGGAUGUUUGUGGCGAUCACUUGCAAAAUCUUUUGCGUGUUACGGUGCUAAGUUCCGCAUGCCAAUAUGGUGAUUCUGAGGCCUUGGAAGAAGCUGGCAAACGUUUCAAUGAAUGGCUGGCCAAUCACUCGCAGAGACCUCACCCCGAUAUUCGUUCAACUGUUUAUUAUUAUGGCAUGGCCAGUGUGGGCAAUGAACAGAGCUGGAAUCAAGUUUGGGAUAUUUUCAUUGGCGAAACUGAUGCCCAGGAGAAAGCCAAACUCAUGGAGGCAUUGGCUGCCAUUAAACAACCUUGGCUGUUGCAACGUUACAUCAACUUGGCUUGGGAUGAAAACAAUGUUCGAGGCCAAGAUUAUUUUACUUGCCUUCAGUAUAUUUCGGCAAAUCCCAUUGGCCAACCUUUGGUCUGGGAUUAUGUACGUGAAAAUUGGCCGGGGCUGGUCAAGCGUUUUGGCAUAAAUGAACGUUAUUUGGGUCGCAUGAUUCCAGCAAUAACCUCCAGUUUUGCCACCCAAACUAAAUUAGAAGAAAUGGAAAGUUUCUUUAAAAAGUAUCCUGAUGCUGGCGCUGGUACUGCUGCACGCAAACAAGCUUUGGAAACGGUUAAGAAUAACAUCAAAUGGUUGAAAGAUAAUCAAGAACCAAUACGCAAGUGGUUGGAUUCUCAGCCAGAUUUGUAAAUUGGGCGGUUAAAUUAUUAUAAAUAAUUUGCAUAACAGACUGGUACCGGAUUGAUGAAAUGUGUUAUAAAUCAUUUUAAAUGUGUAAUUUUGUAAUAAAAAGUAUUUUUAAAAAGAAAA